UUAUUUUAGGUUGUUUUCUUCUAUACGUAUAUUUUUUUUCAGGCUUGAAAUAUUUGAACAAAGAUCCCACAAAGAGAUAUCUGUUUCUAUCCUAUUCUCUAGUUCAUUUUAUUUUGGAAAUCGGGGAAAGUGUUCUGAAAACCGGAAAGUUACCGAUAGCAAUUUAUCUACAUCCAUUGCCAACUGCAGUAGUGGAAGUCUUAAAUAAUACAAUGUGAGAAAAAGAGUAUUCGCAUCUUAUAUUGAUUAAUACACGUGUUAAUCUUACAAAUUUUACACAUCAGCGUAAUAAGAAGUAUCAUAGUUAGAGUGACCAAUAAAAAUCUAUCUUCUGGUUUUCCCUUUCUUUUGGUUCCUAGAAAUUCGUAUAACGUGAAGCAUUCGCUGCAGAAUCUGCCGAUUGCAAGACCACCGCACUGCAGUACACAUUACCGAAAACAUAGCCGGCGGCAAUCAAUCAUCGUAAGUAUCGAUACAUAUAUAUAUAUAUAUAUAUAUGUCAGCAAGAUCGAGAAAGCUCAAACGCGAAUUUCUCUAGGACCUCUGUGUGGGUCACGGCCGGUCUUGUUCGCAGGAACGCAUCGCGCGCUUACAUGUAGUGAGCAUCAUUUGGCGAGGUACAUGAUACUCCGGAUAUGCGGCAAGGGGGUAUAUGCCCACCACAUUUCGUACGUCACCGCAUCGUUCGGUUUCUUUUCGAAUGCUCCUUCGAGAGUACACUCCGGCGGUACCGCAAUACUUUAUUUCAUCCCCACUCGCGUUCUUCCGGUGCUUCCUCCCGCCCGGUAUAUAUACAGGUAAGACCGCGGCCGCAAAUAUAUGACAGUGUAUAUCGGGUCGCCGCGUGGUGAGCUGUGCGUGGGAUAGGAGGAAGGAAAAGAUUCGGCGGCCGGCCGCGUCCUGGAUACCAGAAUGGAACUCAAACACGCUAUAGAGGUCUUCAUUCUUGCAAAUAUUCUAUCAGUAGGCCUCGCAACCUUCGGACAUGAGCAUGUACAUAUAAGGAUACACUUGCCGGAGGUAGUGCAGCAUCAUGAAAAGCAAAUCAUAAAAUAUGAGGAUCACGGCGGGGGCGGUCAUGGAGGUGGCGGAGAUGACGAUCAUCACAUAGACGUCUCCGGUCCUGGAGGUGACAUAGGAGGUGGCCAUGGCGGAGGUUUCGGUGGAGGUUUCGGGGGUGGUUUCGGAGGAGGUCAUGGAGGUGGUUAUGGAGGAGGCGGUGGUUUCGGAGGCGGUUUUGGAGGAGGUCACGGAGGAGGUCACGGAGGAGGUUACGGAGGAGGAGGUGGUUUCGGAGGAGGUUUCGGAGGUGGCGGUCAUGACGAUAUCGGAGGCGGCGACGUCAUCAUAGAUCACGGCGGUGGUCACGGAGGAGGUGGCGGAGGCUUCGGCGGUGGUGGCGGUUUUGGAGGUGGUCACGGAGGAGGUGGCGGUUACGGCGGAGGAGGUGGCGGAGGCGGCGGUAUCAUUAUAGAUCAUGAUGACCACGGCGGUGGUGGCGGUUUUGGAGGAGGACACGGAGGUGGCGGUUACGGCGGCGGUGGCGGUUUUGGCGGAGGACACGGAGGUGGCGGAUACGGCGGCGGUGGCGGUUUUGGCGGAGGACACGGAGGUGGCGGUGGUGAUAUAAUCAUCGAUCACGGAGGACACGGGGGCGGAGGAGGCUUUGGAGGAGGAGGGGGAUACGGAGGUGGCCACGGUGGACAUGGCGGAGGAGGAUUUGGAGGAGGAGGAGGCUACGGCGGCGGUGGUGGCUUUGGAGGUGGUCACGGAGGUGGCGGAGGCGGUGGGAUUAUCAUUGAACAUGAUCACGGAGGUGGCGGAGGUGGCGGCGGUUAUGGAGGCGGAGGACACGGAGGCGGCGGUUACGGAGGAGGUUUUGGCGGAGGACACGGAGGGGGAGGCGGUGGUUUAAUCCUUGACCACGGAGGACACGGGGGAGGAGGUGGUUUUGGAGAAGGAGGGGGAUACGGAGGUGGCCACGGCGGACAUGGUGGUGGAGGGGGAUUUGGAGGAGGAGGCGGUUACGGCGGCGGUGGUGGCUUUGGAGGUGGUCACGAUACUGGUGGCGAUGAUCACCAUAUUGGCUCCGGUGGUUAUGGCAACAGUAUAUCCGAUUUUGGUAGCAGUGGCCAUGGUGGAAGCAGUUAUAGUUCUGGAGGUGGUUUUGAUUCUUAUUCAAGCGGCCACGGCGGUGGCGGUGGCGGUGGCGGCGGCGGUGGUUACGGCGGCGGUCACAGUGGUGGUUUCUCCGGUUAUCACAAAAAGAAAUAGGAGAAAUCGCACUGUGGCCAAUAUGUUGGGCAUUGCAGACACUUGUAGCCGUAUGUUUUCAAUCGAUCGAUACAAAUUUCGAAAAGAAGUCGUAAUGCUGCCACUUUUAAUUGUGUGAUACACGAUGGUAUGCGAAAAAGAAUUUAUUACUUUUUAUUUUCUUUGUAUAAAUUUAUCAGACCGUAAUUUUUCGUUUACAGACUUUUCGAAUUUUACUAGAAAUUUUUGACAGAUAACAACGACAAAUAUUCUUCAGGGAGUAUGUCAAACUAUUUAACAGGACAUAAACGAGACUAUUUUACUGACUAUACAGCACAAACGUUGUUACGCGACAAACGAAAACGUAACGAAACGACGACAACGCAACUAACGUAUACGUAACUAAUAUUUAUAUUUUUCUACUUCAUUGAAGUCAUAAUAUUACCAAGGUUCGUCAGAAAUAAUCUUUUUAAAUAAUAAUAAGAAAAAAAGGAUAUCGACCAGUAUACGAAGGCACAGCUAAUUAAAGAAUAACCUUAUUCUUUGAUAAGUUGUAAUAUCUGGCCAAAGUUAGUAAAAAUUAAUCUGAUAAAAUAAAGUUACUCUCUCUCUCUCUCUCUCUGCUAUUAUAUAAAUCAAACUAUUAUAUAAAAUAGACAUGGACUUGACUUAACUAAUACAUUUAUGACGCUGUGAAACUAGACUAUUUUUUUCAAUUGUUCAUAGAAUAAAUUAAUGCAGUCAACUAUUAAUUCAAAUAAACGCUGACUUGACUCGACUCAUUUUUUCGAUUAGACAGAUUUAUAUUAUAAUACGAAAAGAACAUUACAAAAAUACUAUAAAUAAUUCUUUGUAAAUAUUACAAAUAAAUACUCAAAGUUUUUACUUACGAUAAAUCCCAGUUUUUACGUAUAUACAUUUUAUUAUAAUUCAAGUUAUUGAAUCUAUUGCUGGGAAUACAAGAUUUCGGAAAUAGAUAUAAUAAAAAAUGGAAAAUUAACAAUUGAAAUUCAAGUGAGCGUUAAAGCAGAUUUUAAGACACCUUUAACUAGUUUGUGAUAAAAGCUAUUGAUCGCAUAUCAUGUGAUUACGAUUCUGCUAUAUAUUUUUAUUCUUUUUAAAAAUAUUUUUAUACCUCAUUGUUAAACCCGGCACGCACCUGAAUUUAAACUUUCACGUGCCCUGCUCACCAGCACAUUUUACAGAUUAUACACGAUUUUUGCGAUCAAAGCAAUACUAUAUAAUAUAUCUUUGUACAUAUAAUACAUCUUGUAAAUAGAGCAUUUUUGUACUAUGAUUGUUUCAAUAAAAUUUUUAUACGUUUUUAA